GGCUCUGUCCCGAGGCCGUCCCCGACCUUUGCCCGCCCAGCUGGCUGCAUCCUUUCCCUCCGUCGUCCUGAUCAGCCCUGCCGUCAGCGCCAACGCACUGCCAGACCGCCAUGAACUCGCUCCUGUUUCGACGUCCGCUCGCCUCGAUUCCUCGAAUCUCGUCCCGACGAGCGGGAGGCAUCCGCGCUGACUCCAGCUUCGCCAACAAUGCGGCCGAGUGCUUCGUCGAGAGGCUCUCGGGCGAUCGCGAGGGCAUCUAUAUCCUCAACCUGAAUCGCCCGGUUGCCAAGAAUGCUCUGGGCAAGGCGUUCAUGGAUCAGUUCCGCAGCAAUCUUCAUGAGCUCCGCUUUGACCCUAACUGCCGCGUCCUGAUCGUCCGGAGCCUAGUCGAUCGAGUCUUCUGCGCCGGUGCCGACCUCAAGGAGCGCCAAAAGAUGACCCAGGCCGAGGUCGCUGCCUUUGUCCACGGUCUAAGAACAGCCUUUGUCGACUUGGAAACUCUCCCAAUGCCCACGAUUUCUGCGAUCGACGGCGCGGCCAUGGGUGGUGGCCUGGAAGUGGCUCUUGCAACCGACAUGAGAGUGGCGGGAACUGGCGCCAAGCUGGCCCUCCCCGAAACCAAGCUGGCGAUUAUUCCCGGAGCCGGAGGCACCCAGAGACUGCCUCGGCUGAUCGGUGCGGCCAAGGCCAAGGAGCUCAUCUUCACAGGACGCAUCUUGAACUACAAGCAAUCUGUUGACUGGGGACUCUGCAACUAUGCCGUCGAAGGAUCUGCCUUCGACAAGGCAGUUGAACUUGCCCAAGAGAUCCUGCCUCAAGGACCGAUUGCCAUUCGUAUGGCCAAGCUGGCUGUCGACCGGGGUAUCCAGCUGGACAGCGCCUCUGGAAUGGCAUUUGAGCAGACAUGCUAUGCCCAGGUGAUUCCCACGGAAGAUCGUCUGGAAGGUCUCCGCGCCUUCCAGGAAAAGCGCAAGCCUGUUUACAAGGGCCAGUAACGAUGGCGACAUCCCCUACUGUUCACCGCUCUUGGUAACAGGAGAAGAGCUAGGCUCUGCCAUCCCGGCUAGAAUCUGAAACGGCUGGGUGUAUCUCAAAUCGACUCUUGGAACG